AUGGUGUUCCUCUCGACAACACGCACUGGUGGCCUGGGUGUCAACCUGACUACAGCAGAUGUGGUGAUCAUUUUUGACAGCGACUUUAACCCGCAUGUCGACACACAGGCCAUGGCACGGGCACAUCGCAUUGGGCAGCAGAAGCCAGUGACAAUAUUCAAGUUUGUCACAGCAAACUCAGUCGAGGAGCGUAUUGUCAUGGCUGCAACGAAAAAGCUCGCACUGGAUCACUUAAUUAUUCAG